AGUCUCCGGCGCCGCCACCCUGAUCUCGACGAGAGGGGCUUGCAAGCUCUACAGGAUGCACUAGAUAGCCUAAAUAGACGUGAUGCGUUACCUGAAGUGCGCGCUUGGCUCGAUGCGGGAGGAGAUCCAAACGCGCUUUUAGGGUCGUAUGGACCUACACCCAAAAGCAUACUAUCAGUCGCUCUGGCGUAUGGCCGUGUCGAGUCGGUCCGCCUCCUCCUGGCGCGCGGAGCGCUCGUGGAGGAUAGGCACUUCUCCGACGCGAUGCACGGCUGUUCACCUGAGCAGAGGGCGCUGCCGAUCAUGAAACUGCUCGUAAGUGCCGGGGCGGACGUGAACAAGCCCCGAGGCGGUGGCUUAUGCGCGGGAGUCUCGCCUCUCAUGUUUUCUGUCACCAUGAAGAAAUACAACGUCGCGAAGUACCUCUUGAGUCAAGGCGCGGAUGUCAAUUACGUCGCUCCGGACGAGACGUGGCGUGCGGACGCUUUGGCCCGUGCACAUUACAACGCCAAUAACCCAAAUUGGGAGGGCUAUGAAUCUCGUGCUCGUGAAUCCGAUGUCGACAUCGAGUUCUACCACUUUCUUCGGAGUGUGGUGGACGCCGGCAGCUGGAAGUUUUACGUGAGGGCGCCGCGAGUAUCUCUCGUCGUGCUCCGUCGCUUGUGCGAGAAGGAACGCGCGCGCCCGCCACCGGAGCUCGCUCGCCUCUUCACGCUGGACAAGUUCAUAUUCUGGCGCGUGCUGUCGUUCUGGCGGAAUGACCGCGACCUGCCGCAUCACAUCACGACACGCGAUACGACGGCGCCUCCCUAG